AAACUGCUGAAUGCUUUAUUAUUGAUCUUACUGAAAUGGAUAUAGCUUACGACGAAUAUGAAAAUAAUAGUAUAAAGGAAGAUAUAGAAUGGCAUAUUUCUUUCCCCGAAUCUGGAGAAAAUGACGAAUGGUUCGAAGAGGAAUUGUCUCGACAAUACUUUAAUACU